CUUCCACAGUGGCUCGAUACCUAAGAGAUGGCAGAGAGUUCGUUUCCGUGGAUACGUUUCAUCUGACAUUCGAGUACACAGGCCUACAGGGUCACCACGUGGAGUUGCAUUUGAACACUCUGGCGAAGUUGGGAGCCGUGAAGCAUAUGAAGCAGCAGCAAACGAACAGGAUCUUCAAUACUGAAGAAGGAGCACCAUUAAUAGAAGGACGAGGAGGACGCCGCGGGACGCGGCCGGAUGCAAAUCAGCUUCUAGAAAACGGUUUUGGCAUAAUGUCUGACCGCAUGACAACAUUGUUGUCUGUCCCCUUGUGCCGGAUACCAGAGGUUGAGCGAGGAAGUGUGAGGACGGCUGCAGAC